CGAACAUACCCCGACCACGCUGCUUUACGGCUUGGGAAGUUGAAACUACAAUUGCACUUAACAGACCACGCAUCUCAUAACGAAGUGGAUAAAGGUCAUUGACUAUAUGGUGUUAUCUUAGAUUGGUAGGCAGACGCGGUAUACUAUAAAUUAAAGAGGGAAUGGUAUUUCUGACACUGUCCUGUUUGGUCCGAAGCCGCGGGCCAGACAGACAUUGGAAGGUCCAAGAACUCCUGAAACAUGCUCGGCAUUUCAGGGGAAGGAAGAACCGCUGUUACAGUUUGGCUGUGCGGGCAGUAAGGAGGGCUUUCGUCUACGCCACUAAAGGUCGAAUACUCAAGAAACGUAACAUGCGAACGCUUUGGAUUUCACGCAUUGCAGCAGCAACACGAGAACAUAACAUGAAGUAUCCAGCCCUGAUUCAUAAUUUGGGAAAGACAAGUGUUCAACUCAACCGUCGUAUUCUCAGCGAACUUGCCAUCACAGAACCCCGGACGUUCCUCUCGCUAGCCAAGCUGGCUCAGGCGCGGCGAGAGGAGGGCUUCAGGGCGGCCCUAGGUGACGGCCAGGAGCCUGCAGGGGUCUUCUCCCGUGUGAUGGUGACCCACUAGUCCCUUUGCCAUCUGCUGUACUAACGGACUCCUCUACUUGCUAUGCUGGGCAGACAGUGAGGCUCUGGAUUGUGUAAAUGUGGAUGCAAUGCUACAAGUCACAAUAAUUAAAUAAGCCUGUCUUUGACUUUACUCUCACCCUCUCUCCUAUAAUCAUUCAAUCCAGAGAACAAUAACCUUUCAAGGUGAAGGUGGAGAGAGUUUGGUUGUUUUUCUUUUGAGACCUUGCUGAGAUAAAAUGUAUUACUCGUAAUGGACCAAAAAAUCAAACUCAAUGGAAGGACAUUAACUAGACGUGGACAUUAAAGCAAAUUGUAAUGGGGAAAA